CGAGCGUCGCUGGGACGAGGGAGUCAUUCCUCCCAGGAACAUCUCUUCACCCUCCCCAAAAGGCUGCGAAAGCCCCAGGGAGAGAAACCUGAGCCUCGCCAGGGCUCCAGAUCCUUAUUUCAUCCUCCCCUGCCCAGCACCGGCCACUCUCCUCUAUUCCCUUCACCCGUCAGCACAGCGGCAGAGACCUGCCGGAGCAGCCUGCAGCCGAUAGCCUUGGAUACCGAGAAGCCACCUGAAUCCCGAUCCUGAGGAAAGGAAAACCAUGGGGACUGGAAUGAGCAAGGUUGUCAAAGGCCUUUACCUCGGGAACAUCCGCGACUCUGAGGACCGGGAAAACCUGCUGAAGAACGGGGUGACGCACAUCCUCUCCGUCCACAACAGUGCUAAACCGGUGCUGGAGGACAUGACCUAUCUCUGUAUCUCGGCCUCAGAUUCGUCCAGUCAAAACCUGCUGCAGCAUUUUAAGGAGUGCAUCAAGUUCAUCCACGAAUGCCGGCUCGGUGGUGGAGGCUGCCUCGUCCAUUGCCUGGCUGGGGUCUCCCGCAGCACCACCGUCCUGGUGGCUUACCUCAUGACGGUGACCGAGCUCGGCUGGGAGAGCUGCCUGGCUGCCACCAAGGCCGUGCGGUCCUACGUCAGCCCCAACUUUGGCUUCCAGCAGCAGCUGCAGGAGUACGAGGUGACCUUGCUGCAGGAGCAGGCAGCAAUCUGGAAACGCAGUGCUUGGGAGCAGACAUGGAUAAGGGCUGGGCAGGCUGCUCAGGAGGAAAAGCCUCAUUUCUUGUUGGUUAAAACCUGGGAAGAACACGUCGGUCCUUCUGGGGACCUCCUGGGGACCUCCUCCUCAGGGCUGCGGUACCGCGCCUGGAUCCGCCGCGACUACGGCAGGAACCCGUUCAAGGACCAGGAGGAGCUGCAGUGCUUGCUGGCCCGGCAGGAGCAGAGGCAGAAGGAGCAGCAGCUGGGGAGCAGGGAUUGCUCCUGGCUCCGGUCUCCAGCUCCCACCUACCCGCUCCCCUACCACGCAGGUGGCACCAGCAGAAGCAGAUGGAUGAACAGAUAAGCAGCCGGCUGCUCGCAGGCAGACAUUGGCCCUGGGGCUUGGAAAAUUCAGUCUUCCCUUUGCCAAGCGCCCGCGGGGGUUCACGUCUAGGGCAGCGAGCAGCCAGCGCCGGCCUCGGCCGUGGGCUCGAGGGUUGGAGCAGGGGGGGGGGUCAGGACUCGCAGACCCUCCCUUUGGCUGCUGGCUCUGUAUAUACCUCUGGGCAAGCUAGUUAAUUGAUGACAGUGUCUUGCUCUGUCCCGUUCCCCCAUUCCCCAGUGGAUCGCGGCCACUUUUCCAUCACCCAGAGCAGCAUCAAGCCCCGUCCCUCUCUCCCGCGGCACGGUAGCCGGGCACUCCUCCCGCAGGGCAUGGGGAUGCCAACGCAGCCCUUGGAAAGCCAGAGCAGGGCGAGAUGGGGAGAAGCCACCUUGUCUCCUGCUUUGAGGUGAAGCUGGGGGCCGAUGCAGCCUGCGAGGCUGCCCCGAGGAGGGAGAGACGGGUCCUGGGGGGUGCGGGUGUGCUGCCGAACCCGGCUGUCACCCCGUGGGGUGGGGAGACAGGGGCCAGAGGCUGAGCUGCUCCCGGGGCUGCAGAUGCCCCUCACUGUGUUUGGACUUUCCUGGUCCAGCCUGUCCUUGGCAGAUGUCUGUCUGGCGUUUUUCUUAACCGCCCGCCCCCCACCCCGUCCCAGGGAGGGGGAAAUCCAGCAGUGCCGGAGGCUGCCCGUCCCCACUGCCUCCAUCCCCAGAGCCGGAGCGGUUUUGGGUUUCCCCUGCUGCCCGACCUGAAUGUCCCCGGUUGCAAAAGAAGCCAAUUGCUCGAUUGGACUCAGUCGACCCAAUUUAAUGUUGUCCCUCUCCAACAGCCAUUUUAAUGUUGAAAGACCGUGACGGUGUCCCUUUUUUCAUCCCAAACUCAUACACCAUGUUUCCAAAGUGUGGACUCACUGCCUUCCUUUACCAGGAUUCCCCACAUCCAUCCUACAAGGGGGGGGUCCCAACCCAUUGACACAGCCCUUCUACAUUUAAACCUUUAAAUCUUCCAUGCAAGCUUGGCCUUUUACUAUAAAUACCUUGCGUGGCUUCUCAAAAAUAUCUGUUCUGAGAAAGGAAAAAAAAAAAAAAAAAAAAAAAAAAGGCAUUUAAAAUAUUUCUAGGAAUUCCCUUAAUGAAAAUUUCUGGGUACUUGGUGUGUGACAGUGCUGGCGGUGACUCGCCCAACUCCUAAUAAAGAGGAGAGUGAUUAAAACCA